UAAACUGGCCUCGUUAUGUUGCCUGUGUGUCGAGACAGAUCCGGAGCACAGAAACCAAGACACGACAACAACAACUAGUGAAACAGUGCCAACCAGCCAUGUCCUUUUGCGAGAUCACGCCCACUCUGUUUCUGGGCGGGGCAGACGCCGCCUUGAACGGUAUCCUCCUGGCCCGCAAGGGCGUCACCCUGAUCGUGAACGCCACACUGAGCCACUCCUGCCCGCUGUACCCGGGCGUGGAGAUCCUUCAUGUCCCCGUUCGUGACCUGCCCGGCGCUCGUCUCGGGGACCAUUUUGAGCCAGUAGGCCGCCGUAUCCACGGUAACCGCGCGGGGGCCACUUUGGUGCACUGCGCCGCCGGAAAAAGCCGCUCCCCCGCCCUGGUGCUGGCCUACUUGAUGAGGUACCACGGACUCACCUUGUGUCAGGCCCACCGGCGGGUACGCAACGUCCGACCCUGCGUUAGCAUUAACGCCGGCUUCUGGGAGCAGCUUCUCAUCUACGAGAAGCGCCUCUACGGACGCAACACCGUCACCGUGGAACCCGAGCUGUCAUAUAAGGCAGUCGACGACUCACCCAGUAUGACGUCGCGACACGGGAUACUUGGGCGACCUUUCGUGGCGUCGCGCUACAAGUUAGCGGAAAAGUCACUCAGUGGUUACAGGAAGUGA